AUGGGGACUGAGAUAUUGAGGCCUCAGGAUUGUCUGAUCGAACGGAUCAGAGUCCCUCCGGCGUCGUUUGUGCGCCGGAAGAGUUACUAUGGCAACCCCGUACCUAACCAGAAUUACGUUUCUAACCCUAGACCUAGAAAACAGGUGGUGCGCUCCGACCCGAGGAGGAUCCACGUGCAGCCGGCGGUGGUCUCCAAGAGAUCCAGCUCUGAAGACCUUCGGGGCUUCAAGAUGGAGAAAGUCACGAUCUUGAGGCGCGGCGAGUCGCUGGAUUCGAAGACGAAAGGAAAUAACGGUGGAUUGGUCGUGACCGGGACCGAGAGGUUGGGACCCGACCCAGAUAUGGUGCCGAAGCAGGUGCGGAUCGUGGAUCUGAAGCCUCCGGUGGAGGGAAAGACCGACAUGUACGCCGGAUCGGCGUUCGCGGUGUCGCCGGAGCCCAGUGAGCUCCCGUUGCCGUCGUUUUCGAAGAAGAAGCAGGUAUCGAAGGUCGUCGACGGUGACUCGGCGACUCGAGACCUGCGGCGGUUGCUCCGGUUGGAUUGA